UACAUUUCAUACAUUGUGAGCACUAGCAAGAAUCCACACAUCACCAGGCAGGCCAGGGCUUACAUCUACUAACAAAACAGGAAACUAAUAGAGACCUUCAUUUUGUCAACCAAGAAAACAAAGAUUAGCUUUAAAAUGAAAUUCCAGAAUGAAAAGCCUGAGUUUCAGCAGAGGAAUACCAUCUGGAUCCUAAUCUUAAUAAGUUACGAAUUCACCAUGCUGGGAUGUGCUGAGGGAUGGACAUACCACAGUGCUAUUCAUCAAAUGCAAUGGGAAAAAGCACGGCAAUGGUGCCAAAACCACUACACUGAUAUGGUGGCAAUCCAGAAUCAGAAAGAAAAUGAACAUCUAAAUGAGGUGUUUCCAAGGGUCAGGGGGCAUUACUGGAUUGGGAUUCGGAAAUUAAAUGGAACCUGGAUCUGGGUUGGAACCAACAAAACCCUCAGUCAAGAAGCAGAGAACUGGGCUAAAGGUGAACCUAAUGAUGAACAAAAUGAGGACUGCGUAGAAAUGUAUAUACAAAGAGACACUGAUGUAGGGAAAUGGAACGAUGAACCUUGUACGAAACAAAAAACUGCACUGUGCUAUAAAGCUCAGUGCAACCAGUCCACAUGCAGUGGUCAUGGUGAAUGUACAGAAACUAUUAAUAAUUACACCUGCAAUUGUGAGAAGGGAUUCAACGGGAAACACUGUCAAAAUGCUGUGAAAUGUGACACCCUGUCAGAACCAGACCACAGCAUAAUUACCUGCUCUGACCAAUAUGGGAGUUUUAGUUACAACUCAACCUGCCAGUUUCACUGUUCAGAAGGCUUUGCUUUAAAUGGAUCGAGCAUGGUUGCCUGCAACUCUUCAGGGCAUUGGACAGAGCCAAUACCAACAUGUACAGCUGUGAAAUGUGACACCCUGUUAGAACCAGACCACAGUGUAAUUACCUGCUCUGGCCGAUAUGGGAGUUUUAGUUACAACUCAACCUGCCAGUUUCACUGUUCAGAAGGCUUUGCUUUAAAUGGAUCGAGCAUGGUUGCCUGCAACUCUUCAGGGCAUUGGACAGCACCAAUACCAACAUGUACAGCUGUGAAAUGUGACACCCUGUUAGAACCAGACCACAGCGUAAUUACCUGCUCUGGCCGAUAUGGGAGUUUUAGUUACAACUCAACCUGCCAGUUUCACUGUUCAGAAGGCUUUGCUUUAAAUGGAUCGAGCAUGGUUGCCUGCAACUCUUCAGGGCAUUGGACAGCACCAAUACCAACAUGUACAGCUGUGAAAUGUGACACCCUGUCAGAACCAGACCACAGCGUAAUUACCUGCUCUGGCCGAUAUGGGAGUUUUAGUUACAACUCAACCUGCCAGUUUCACUGUUCAGAAGGCUUUGCUUUAAAUGGAUCGAGCAUGGUUACCUGCAACUCUUCAGGGCAUUGGACAGAGCCAAUACCAACAUGUACAGGUGUGAAAUUUGAAGACCCAUCAAAACCAAGCCAAAUCAUAAUUAACCAUGACAAAUUUGCAAAUGUUAGUUUCAACUCAACCUGCACAUCUGAAUGUUUAGAAGUUCAAAGUGAUCUUCUAGACUAUAGCCAUCUGACAAUGGCUGUAGUUGGUGCCUCCAUUCUUGCAGUCUCUUUGAUUAUAUUUUUUUUGUUGAGACGUCAUAUGAAGAAAAAGAAGCAUCUUCACGCAAGACUGCCAGGGAUGGAGCCCCCUGAUGUAGCUCAAAGCACCCUAUAAAAUAUGAACCAGGAAACAUGUAUGUUUCUGUAUCCUGGGUAUCAUUUAACUGCAUGACUGUUGUAAUGAUGUAAAGUGGAACAGUUCUUAACAAAGCCGUCUAAUGUAUUAUAUUCAGUGAUGUUAAAGGGGUUGGUAUUAAGAUCUGAAAAUGGUGUCCAGGCUGGUUGUUGAAUGAUUGUCCAUUUUGAAAUGUUUGGUUUACAUAUUCAAAGAGGCUGUUGCCUUGUAAAAGUGUCCUGCAACAAGGUUAUCUGUAUUUAUAACCGUGUCGCCUUGCGUUUUAAAUGCUGCAGUUCUAGCAAAGAUAUGAAAACGAAAAUCAAAUAUAAUCGAUGUAAGCAAGUCAUGUUGAACAUGGCCGAAGCUAUUCAAGGGAGCUUCUUUCAUUUGUUUACUUCUAAACUGGCACGCCUGUUCCACAGCUUCUAUUAACUUUGUUUUGUUGUUGUAAUUUGCAUUGAUUAAAAAAUGAAUAAAUAACAAUAACUACA